UUACAAAGCACCAGCCCUCUCCAGGCCUCAGUUUCCCCACUGGGAUAGCGGGCGCAAUGGUGGCUCCUUCCGCGCCGCGCCGUUGGGAGAGGCCGCCCUGAGGUCCAAGCUCCCGACGGCUGAGGGGCCGGGAUCUGCACCGUUUGCACCCGCCCACCCCUCCCGCCCGCUGUGAGGGCCGCUCACCCUGGGUGUGGCGAGCCGGUCCCAACAGGCCUCCCUUGUGGCUUGGGUGCCUCUCUGGAACCCUGUCUGGACUCUCCCCCUCCUGACUAGGUGACCUGCAGGGCUUCAGCUUCCCCAUACAGGAAACAGGAGGGGGCGACCGCCGGAGAUACCUAUGGAGCCCGCCUGGGCGUGCAGGGUGGGGCGGUCAGUGUCGGCCUGCCAAGUCGGCCUUGCUGGGGGGAGGCCUCACUGGGGGGCGAUGGGACCAUCAGCUGCAGACUUGCCUGGGCUAGACCCAUGAACCAACCUGGAUUUAGAGAAUGGAGUGGCACGUCCUCUUCCCCUUCCAUUGCCCCACCAGAUGUCAUGGCAUCCCCAGUACCGGAGCUCCAAGUUCCGCCACGUCUUUGGCAAACCAGCCAGCAAAGAGAAUUGCUACGACUCGGUGCCCAUCACCCACAGCGUCCACGACAAUCACUUCUGCGCCGUGAACCCCCGUUUCAUUGCGGUCGUGACCGAGUGCGCUGGUGGGGGAGCCUUCCUCGUCAUUCCCUUGAGCCAGACAGGAAAGUUGGACCCCCACUACCCAAAGGUCUGCGGGCACAAAGGGAACGUCUUAGACAUCAAGUGGAAUCCUUUUAAUGAUUUUGAGAUCGCCUCCUGUUCUGAAGAUACCACAAUUAAGAUCUGGGACAUCCCCACGCAGCUGCUGACGAAGAACCUCACAGUCUUCAGGAAGGAGCUGAUGGGCCAUGCCCGCAGGGUGGGCCUGGUGGAGUGGCACCCCACGGCCGCCAACAUCCUCUUCAGCUCUGGCUAUGACUACAAGGUGAUGGUCUGGAACCUGGACACAACGGACUCUGUAAUCAAUAACCCCGUGAGGACAAUUUGCUGCCACCAAGAUGUGAUCCUUUCCAUGUCCUUCAACCCCAGUGGCAGCCUGCUGGCCACCACCUGUAAAGACCGCAAGAUUCGGAUUCUCGACCCCCGGGCAGGGACCGUCCUCCAGGAAGCCAGCUACAAGGGGCACCGGGCCAACAAAGUGCUGUUUCUGGGGAACCUGAAGAAGCUGCUGUCCACAGGCACAUCCCGGUGGAACCACCGUCAGAUGGCCGUGUGGGACCAGGACAACCUCUCCGUGCCUCUCUCAGAGGAGGACCUGGAUGGCUCCUCGGGUGUGCUGUUUCCCUUCUACGACGCAGACACCAGCAUGCUCUACGUGGUGGGGAAGGGAGAUGGAAACAUCCGCUACUAUGAAGUGAGUGCCGACAAACCUCACCUGAACUACCUGACGGAAUACCGCUCCUACAACCCCCAGAAGGGGAUUGGUGUCAUGCCAAAGAGAGGUCUCGACGUGUCCUCCUGCGAGAUCUUCCGCUUCUAUAAGCUGAUUACAACCAAAAACCUCAUCGAGCCUGUAUCCAUGAUUGUACCCCGGCGGUCGGAGUCUUACCAAGAGGACAUCUACCCACCCACGGCAGGAACCCAGCCCUCUCUGUCGGCCCAGGAGUGGCUCUGUGGGAUGAAUAAAGGGCCGGUCCUGGUGUCCCUAAGGCCAGGCUCCGAGCAGCUGAGCUCCCAGCCACCGCUCCCAGAGAGACCCCCCUCCCUCAACCGGACAAAACAGUUGGUUUUAGAAGAUGGCCAGAGGCCCUUCUCCCUGCCGGAGGGGAAGAUGCCAAGGAGGGCAGCAGAACACAGGCUGCAAGAGAAGAAAACCCGGCUCACAAACGGCUUUGACGUCUUCGAGUGUCCCCCACCAAAGACAGAGAACGAGCUGCUGCAGAUGUUUUAUCGGCAACAGGAGGAGAUCCGGAGGCUCCGGGAGCUGGUGACCCAGCGCGAGGUCCAGGCCAAACAGUUGGAACUGGAGAUCAAAAACUUGCGGAUGGGCUCAGAGAGGUUCUGAGCGGAGAUGUCUGCCCUCCUCGCCCUCAGGGACACCACUCGGCUCCAUGGGGAGGUCCAGAACCAAACCACAAGUCCCCCAACAACAACCACUAUUUCUAUAUUUUUUACCAGAAAAUGAAACUCUCGGUCGCUGGAAGAUUCUAGUGGGAGGGACGUGGUGCCGUUUUUCUAUUUGCCUUCUCAAAACAACACUGUCUGAAUUGACUCUUUGUAGACGAUAUCUUGCCUUCUGGUUAAUUCUGUUUUUAAGGGUCCACGAUGAGCUGUAACUUCUCAAGGGAAAGAACAUUGUACAAAGUUAGAGCUGGAAGGCCCUAGGAGAUUUUCAAACUGGGGUCCAUAGAACGAGAGGAAGGCUAAGCAGGAGGGCUGUGCUCCCCCCCACCCCGUUCCAACCACACAGCUCCCCUUCUCUCUGAUUUAUAUAUUGGCUUCUAUGGAAUACAUAAUUCUGCUUCUGAAAAAACAUUUAGAAGUUUGAAAAACUGUGAUCUGGCCCAACUUCCUCAUUUUACAGGUGGGGAAACUGAGGCCCAGAGAGAGGCAAGUGAUCAGAGUCUGCAGAGGGUUCAUGGCAGGGCUGGGUCAAGCUUCUGGUCUGUUGGGUCAGUCUUUCUGCUGCUUCUAGUCUGAAGCAGCCCUCAGCCCACAGGGCAGAAAUCCAUUUGUUCUGGCCUCUUCUGUGCCCCUGACUCGCUCUGUACCUCUUUCAAGUUACUCCCUCUCUGGUCUCAAUUUCUCCAUCUGAACUAGGGGACCCUGGCAUGUGCUGCCCUCUACAGGAUCUGCCACCUGAGACAAGAAACCUUGGUCUUGACCUGAGGAAUACUACCUAUAUAAGGUGAUGAUCUGGGUCUGCUAUAGGAACUCACAAGACCUUGGUGAAAGGGCAGAGGGAGUUUAACCUCUGGGAAAUAAGUCAAGGUUUGGCCCAGUUCUAGAACACGGAUAGGAGACCAAAACCGUCCUCUCUUGAACCAGAAUCAGCCAAAUGUGGGCAGACACUAUCCCUCGUGUGGGGAAGCAGACAUCAGGGUGGUGCCUAUGACCACUGACUGCCACCACCAAAGCCCUCAGGUCCCAGAGCCUGCCUGCUCCAGGAGGGUACAGGCAGGCUUCAGUCCAAGAGGUAGGAAGCCCCAACACUUGGCAGGAUGCCAGCAGAGUCUCUGGCCACCCACUCAUGCGGGCUUCUGGAGAGGGAUGACUGCAUUAGGCAAGGAAGUAGGGCCAAAUGGCCUUGAAGUCCCCUGCCAGCCUGAGAGUUUUUAUGUGUCCCUCCUUUGUGAACCUGUGUUCUGAGCCUGUUCUCUAAGGUUCUUUCUCGGUGGUCAGUACAGCAGCCCAGCUAGAGAUGGGGAACGUUGGAAGUCAAAUGCCCCCCCCCCAACCUUACCGAGCAGGUGCAGAUGAUGGGUUUUGCCCACUGGACAAGGUGAUCGUGGAGCUAAGAUGGGGAAUGCAGGAGCCCACCUGGCCUGGUAGGUUUCAACUCAAGCUGUACAUUAGGGUCCUCUUGAGAGUGUUCGAGAAAUACAGAUGCCCCGUCCCAGCCCUAGACCAGCUGAAGCUGAAUCUCCAGAGCAGGGCCUGGCUUUGUGUAUGUUUUUAGAAGCUCCCAGGUGAUUCUGCAAUACUCUGAGGCUGGAGACCCACUGCGUUAGCCCAUCUGUACCUAUGUGUGGUACAGAGGGGGACAAGGAGCACCAGAUAGGCUCUGGGACUCCAACCCCACCCUCUAAGUCCAGGUUGGAAGCAUCAUCCCACAUCUCUCUGGGCCCCCCAGCUGCAACUCGAUGAGGUUUCUGUGCCCGAGUGCCCCCUCCCCUAGCCAUGGCUUGGUCCCCUUGCCUGACUGCACGCCCCAGAUGCCCACGUUCCCUAUCUUGUUUACUCAGUCACUGGGGCUCGCCGAAGGCCAAAUCCCAGGCACUGCCAGGGAAGCAGAGCUCCACUGGAUGGGGUUACCUCUCCCACCUCAUUUGUGGCCAGCACUUCACAGUUUACAAAGCCCUCCCUCCUCCACUCACUGGCACAUCUAAUUCUAACAUGGGCCAGAAUAAUUCCCGUGGUCAGAAUAAUGAUACUAUCCCCAUGUCCUUGUCAGAGAAUGAAGAAGCAUCGUGCCCACAGGCACUGGCUGCAAAGAGCUGGAGGUGGGGCUGAGCCCGGGGAGGGACCCGAAUGCCUCCUCUGCACAUAACCUUCUCAAGCUCUCCCUACCCCUCAGGGACCCAGACCUCAUGCUUAAAAACAAUAUGAAGGCAUCCAUGAACAAAACUGUUUUUGGGUUGUUUUGUUUUGUUUUUACAACUAGGAUUAUUUAAAUGAAUUUAAGUGAUUUCACAGCAAGGGAGAGGGAUAGGUAAUUUUUAUCAAAUAUUUUUUUAAGCCAUUUUUUAAAAAUUGUGUUUUUGUUUAUAUUCUUGACUGAUGAAGUAGAACUUGCCCAGCAUCUGCAGGGUCGGGCCCUCAUACUCAGGGCAAGUAGAAUGUGCACUCAUUUCUUUACUCCAUACUCUGGGAGCCCCCUGUUGACUCAGGAACUUUCUGAGAACGAAGACAGCACUGGGAGAUGAGCAUUGAGGGCUACCCACCUUAGCUCUAUGAUAAUUAUUCUUCCUGAUUGUAUCAUAGAGGGAAGAAGGAAGUCAAAAAUAGAUCUAUGCUUUUAAUAUGAACCCGUGCCUGAAAUAGUUUGAUUGUUUUAAUGUUGUUUCUGAAACUCCUUUUACCUUUGUAAAAAAAAAUUAAGAAAUAAAAGUGAAAAUAGAUGUGAAAUCGUGCAAUGGCAAGAAUGUAACAAAAUAAUAAACAACAUCUGCCUAAAUAUUUUAA